UGCGGCGGGCAAGCGGACGGGUGGCAGAGGCCUCGCAGCGGCGGCAGCGGCGGCGGCGGCGGCGGCAGCUUAAGGCGUAGGCGUGGUCCGUUGGGUGCGAAUCCGCUGAGCCCACGAGCGGCCUCUCAGCCCUCUCUUCCCUGCCCGUCGGAGCCCGGGAUCAGGGACCCGCUUAGCCGGCGUCAUCAUGACCAAGGCCGGUAGCAAGGGCGGGAACCUCCGCGACAAGCUGGACGGCAAUGAGCUAGACUUGAGCCUCAGCGACCUGAAUGAGGUCCCCGUCAAGGAGCUGGCUGCACUCCCAAAGGCCACCGUAUUGGAUCUGUCCUGCAAUAAACUGAGUACUCUACCGUCGGAUUUCUGUGGCCUCACACACCUGGUGAAGCUGGACCUCAGUAAGAACAAGCUGCAGCAGCUGCCCGCAGACUUUGGCCGCCUGGUCAACCUUCAGCAUUUGGAUCUCCUCAACAACAGGCUGGUCACCUUGCCUGUCAGCUUUGCCCAGCUCAAGAAUCUGAAGUGGCUGGAUCUGAAGGACAAUCCCCUGGACCCUGUGCUGGCCAAGGUGGCCGGUGACUGCUUGGAUGAGAAGCAAUGCAAGCAGUGUGCAAACAAGGUGUUACAGCACAUGAAGGCCGUGCAGGCGGAUCAGGAACGGGAGCGGCAGCGCCGACUGGAAGUGGAGCGAGAGGCGGAGAAGAAGCGAGAGGCCAAGCAGCAAGCUAAGGAAGCGAAGGAGCGCGAGCUGCGGAAGCGGGAGAAGGCGGAGGAGAAGGAGCGUCGGCGAAAGGAGUAUGAUGCCCAGAAAGCUUCCAAGAAGGAGCAGGAGAAGAAGCCCAAGAAGGAAACAAAUCAGGCCCCAAAAUCUAAGUCUGGCUCUCGCCCUCGCAAGCCACCACCCCGAAAACACACUCGCUCCUGGGCUGUGCUGAAGGUGCUGCUGCUGCUGCUGCUGCUUUGUGUGGCAGGAGGGCUGGUUGCAUGCCGGCUGACAGGGCUGCAGCAGCAGCCCCUCUGCACCAGUGUGAACACCGUCUACGACAAUGCCGUCCAGGGCCUGCGUCACCAUGAGAUCCUCCAGUGGGUCCUCCAGACCGACUCCCAGCAGUGAGCCCGUCCUCAGCACCGCUGCCUCCCAGCCUUGGAGCUUGGAUUCCUAUGGAAUUGGGUUCUGCUGGACACAACCUCUUUUUAGCGUCAGACCUACCUGCCACCAUCCAAUGGCUGCUGACUGGUACCUGAGAUCUCCCCUUUGUAGGACUUCUCUGUUCCUUGGGGCUCCCUGGUGGAAUGAGGAGAAAUGGAGAGGGGGGAAGAGUUACCUGCAUGCCUAAAGGAAUAGGCUUAGGGGCGGGGGAGAGAGAAGACAUGGGCUUUUCUAGUUACACAAAGCUGGGCAAGACAAGGUUCCUUUCUACUAAAUGGUCAGCUGUCACUACAUUUAUACUUUUGUAUGUCAUGAACCCUUUCUUUCAUUCCUCCC